AUGUUUCUUGCCUUAGCUGCUACCCUCAAUUGGCACCUUUAUCAAUUAGAUGUGCACAAUGCCUUCCUUCAUGGAAAAUUGGAUGAGGAAAUAUAUAUGGAAUUGCCUCCUGGUUAUCACAGUAAGGGGGAGUCCACCACCAAGGGAAAGCUAGUUUGCAAACUCCACAAAUCACUCUAUGGACUCAAGCAAGCUUCUAGGCAAUGGCACUCCAGAUUUUCUGAAUCCCUUACCUCCGUUGGGUUCCAACCCUCAAAAUCAGAUUACUCUCUCUUCACUAGAAACAAUGAGGAUGGUUUCAUAGCCUUGCUUGUCUAUGUUGAUGACAUAGUCAUAGGCAGCUCCAACAUCAAAGAAAUUGAUAAAGUAAAGGCCCACCUACACUCUCAAUUCAGAAUUAAAGACCUUGGCAUCCUCAAAUUUUUCUUGGGAUUAGAAAUUGCAAGGUCAGCUGCUGGGAUCCACUUGUGCCAAAGAAAAUAUUGCCUAGAGAUCUUAGAGGAUGCAGGGCUUCUUGGGUGCAAAACAACAAGCACACCCAUUGAAACAAAUCACAAACUUUCACACUCAGCUUUAGAUUCACUGAAUGAUCCCUCAAGCUACAGAAGGCUUGUGGGAAGGCUGAUUUACCUCACCAUAACCAGACCUGAUAUCACUUAUGCAGUAGGCAUACUCAGCCAAUUUAUGGACAGACCAAGUGAGGUGCACAUGCAAGCUGCCCAUCGAAUUUUGAGAUAUGUGAAAGGGUCAAUAGGGCAAGGUAUACUCUUCUCCUCUCAAUGUGAUCUACACCUCAAGGCCUUUUGUGACUCAGAUUGGACAGCCUGCCUAGAAACAAGGAAAUCCAUGGCAGGUUUCUGUGUUUUCAUUGGUAAUUCUUUGGUUAGCUGGAAGUCAAAGAAACAAGCAACUGUCUCACGUUCUUCUGCAGAAGCAAAAUAUCGAGCACUAGCUCACAGCUUGUAUGGUUAA